CCAUCUUCUGCACCGCCCCUCCAUUGACCUGCCCUUUUACUCCUCUUCUCGCCUCGCCGCUCUCCCUCACACCAUUAUACUAAGGCAUUCUACUACUAGUCACUCCUUUUUUUCCAACCCUUAACAAAGCUCUAUUAUAUUGCCACUCUGGUCUAUAACACUGGGAGCUGGCUCUCUUCCAACCUGGACACCACCAGUCUAUGUGAAGCAAGCAUCAACUAGCUUACCUAACGAGUUGUUCUAUCCCCAGUCAACUCAUUACAUUCAUUAAUUAAGACCUUACGCACUCGACCUUGAGCUCAACGCUGCUCGCCAACAUAUACACUCACUUGCUCCCACCCUCGACGUGGGACACCCACAUAACUCUACAUUCCUUCCGAGGUUAAAAUCUCACCAACGUCAUUCGAGAUUAUACUCGACUACCAUUGACCAUCAUACAGUCUAUAAUAGAUCAAAUCACAUUCCUUUCAACACUUAGAUAAUCAUGGACUCAAAUCAGGCGCAACUGAGGCAGCAAAUUCAGGCGCCUACUUUUACGCUUACCUCAAACGAUAAGUACAGCAGAGAGGUUCCGCCACCGCACCCGCCUCCACUGGCUACGAUGAAUAGGAACGAGAUGCCUGUUAAGACAGAGGCUCAUGUGGCACCAACUGGGGUAUGGGCGACGCCAGCACCACAAGAAACACGGCCGAGACCAGCUACUAUCCAUGAAGGAUUCUCAUUCUGCGCCGGAGAUGAAUUUGGCACGAUGCCCUCGUGGGGAACGCCGUCUGGGUUGACGAUUCACACACCAAGCGACACUAUGUCACGACCUGUUUCGAUGCACCAGGACUUUUACCCCGUGACGACAAUGGAUAGCAGCCCAUGGGGACCGAAGCCAUGCGACGAUCAUCUUGAAAUUCCUCACCUAGAUAUGGAUAUGAGCAUUGGACAGGCAUACACAACGGACGAGGCAAUCCCGAUCAUAGAUCUAAGGUACUCUGGUCCUCCGAUGGACCACGAAUCGAUGGGAUUCGAGUCAAGCUUGAACCCCAGACGCAUGUCUGGCUCAUCUUUUACCGUAUCGACAACAGGAAAUCUCUCAGAGAUGCCUUCAUAUGAAGAUUUCUCUGCCGCUUUAUCCGAGGCUCCGUCCUUCACAUCAGACUAUCCGCCACCUUCGAACCGGAACUCCCUCAUGUCUUCAACGCAACUGUCUCCCGUGGCCUCUCCUCGCAUGACUCCUCAAAGCCGCUCUGACCUUGUCCGCACUGCGAGUCGUGGCCGUGGUGCCUCGCCGUCUCCUCGACCAGGAAUGAGAUCUGCCCCCUACAACGUUGAGAAUAGCGCAAGAAACAAGAGAUGGUCUACUGGGUCUUAUGGCACCAACGCGAACCGCCGACCAUCACCUUUCGUUUACCAUCACACACACGAUGCUUUUGGUCCCCGGAUGUCUUCAAGGCACUCAUCUCCUACGAUGCCAAAUCACCCGCUUCCGUUGAACUUUGGAAACCUUCAAGCCGUCCAACAACACCCGUUCCUUGUGUCGCAUCCGCCGGCUUUCCGAAAUAGCAUGCUUCUUCCAACACAGUUACCGUCUCAAUUGCCAUCACAGCAUUUUCACCCCGAAGCUCAUCACUUCGAAACUCCCCCACCUCUGCUGUCUCACGGACUCUUUAGGAUGCUGCAAAGCAACGCUGACCCACAUUCCUUGCAUGGGCAUUACACGGACUUAUCCGAUCCACCAGAUCUAUAUGCCUCCCUGCAGGAAGAACAGGUUCCGCCGCCGCCUGAGGACAUGAAUCCUUCGGAUCCGGACCUCGUUCCUCAUGAGCAAGAACUACGAUUCGAAGGCGACUUGUACACUCCGAAGUGGGUUCGCGGCCACGGAAACAAGAGAGAGGGAUGGUGUGGUAUUUGCAAGCCAGGCCGAUGGCUAGUAUUGAAGAAUUCUGCUUUCUGGUACGACAAGAGUUUCACACACGGUAUCAGUGCGGCUACUGGAAAUCCCUUCCAAGAACCUCAAGAGACAAGGCGAAUGGAUGGUAACCCAGAUGUCUGGGAGGGCCUUUGUGGAAGCUGCAACGAUUGGAUUGCCUUGGUGAGCAGCAAGAAGAAGGGCACAACUUGGUUUAGACACGCGUACAAGUGCCACACGCACCCUAAGAUUAAGGAUGCGCCCAAGAGGCGACGUGAAAGUGGCAACACAAGAGUUGUCGCCGCUUCUCAGAUCACGAAACCUAAGAUCGAGCCUCAGCAACCUGCGACGCCCCAACAAAAAACCACGCCUGUAUCCCUGGCUACAACCCCAGUUCCUAUUCCUAUGCCAACACCUAGCUCUUUAUCGCAUCAGCAUCAACACCAGCAUCAACACCAACACCAACAUGUAGUUCACCCACAGCAACCUACACCAAAAAAGACAUUCCCUCCACUCGACGGGCUAACUAAUAUGAUUUAAGUCAUGUUGAUUUACCCGAGUCUUAUCUUUUCAGAACGAACGUUUCUUAUUAUGUCUGGAUAGAAAAUCUUGGACGAGCAAUGAAACAUUUCCUUGGAUUCCCACCCGUCGAUCUGAAGACGGAUUAUAGACGGACAGCUGGCGCACUCCUGGCGCCAAUCUUCUCACUUAUCCCCUCUCUACGACCAGUCACUGGUCCAAUUUCAUUAAAAUUAUCAACACUAUACCCGAAUAUGGAGGAAUUCUCCCCAGCUAAGAUGCUAUGACGAAUUGAGCACAACUAGUUGAUUUACGACGGAUGGGAUAGACCGGAGGUAUAUCGCGGCGGUUACGACAAACCAAAAAAGAUUGCUUCACUUCGUUGUGCGCUAUUUUCUCACAUAUGGUGUUCCACCACACCAGCCGUUGAUCUUAUAACUUUUGUCUGACUUUCCUCUUUCAAUGUCCAUAUGCAAACAUACAAAGUUUUAUUUUCCUUUUUCUUACUAAUUAAUGUAGAUAGCUCAAUAAGGUGAUACCCUCGGAAAAUAUUGGGGGUGAAACGGAGGGGAACGGGGAUUGGAAAGAGGAGGAAAGGGUCGUUUUUACUCGGGAAUGGGGUGUGGUUGGUUCUCAGUGAGUCUAUAUAGCCCUGCUGGGCAGCGGUAGAAAUUUUUGGGAAGGGGGCACGAACAUUGCGAUAUCCGUAGACCUAGUUAGAUGAUGACGAAUGAUUUCUUAGUACGCAAAAACUUGGUGUUUUUUUCA